AGAGGAAAAAGAAGGGCCGAUCACACCAGUGGACGGAGGCUGCGGCGGCUCGUGGCGACACCGCGGGCCCGCUGCCUUACAUGGGCAAACCUCUCCGCUCGCCGAGGCGGCCCUGGAAUUUCGGAGCGCGUGACGUCAGCGCCCCGUACACAACUCUCCCAGAAUUGGGAUCAAGAAGUUUCACUUUUUUCUCCCCCUUCUUCUUCUGUCGGGUGGGAUGUCGACCUCUGCGGUGCUUUGAUUUUUUUUUUUUUUUAUCCUGGAGAGCGAGAAUUCAACACAGAGUGAAGGGCAUCGCUUUUAACAACCUUCCAGAAACCCCAAACACCCAGAGAAGAGAAAAGGUGCCUGAUCCUGUAGUCCCCACCGUCACUUAGUGUUAACAUUUGGAAUCAUGUGGAACCCGGAGAACAGUAAUGACCAGACGGGCCAGGUGGCUGCCAGGAUGGAGACCACGCCGUCUUUGGGUAGCGCAAGCAUUUCCAUCUCCCAGCAGCAGUCGCCCAAGAAGUUUGCACCGAUGGUUGCACCCAAGCCCAAGUUCAACCCUUACAAACAGACGGGAGAGCCCACCCACGCUGACCCCGCAGACUACCCUCCCCCUCCACCACCUGCCGACGAGUCAACCGGUUUCCACUCACCCCCCGGUUCCUUCCCUCAACCACCGAUGAACUCGUACGAUUUUCAGAUGAAGGGACCGGAGAAGACGCUGGAGGAGCGACGCUCCAGUCUGGAUGCCGAGAUCGACUCCCUCACCAGCAUCCUGGCCGACCUGGAGAGCAGCUCGCCCUACAAGCCGCGGACCACACAGAACUCUGGAUCCUCAGCAGCCUCUACUCCCAGUGCUCCUGUAACUGGUUACAAGCGUAUGGUCAUUCCAACUCAGCCACCUCUCACUGCCACGAAGAAGUCUACACCCAAACCUCAGAUUCCUGGGGGAGUCUCUUCUACCCCUCCUUCUUCUGUCAGCCCGGCGGCCAAGCCUCAAAGUCACGCCGCUCCUCAGCCUGUCCCGGCCUCCUACGCUACAGCCUCAACCCCAAGCCAGCCCACGUUCAACGUCCAAGUGAGGUCGGCCCAGCCUGGCCCCCAGCAUCAAGUACCAGCAGGGCACCACUAUGGUCAGCAGCCCAUUCGCAGCCCUGCACAGGUGCAGUACAUGCCUGCCCAGCCCAGAGGUCCUGACUUUGCCUAUGGACCGCCACAGCCUGGCUUCUCCCCAAUGGGUCAAGUUGGAUAUCAAGAACAGCACCAUCCAGGAGUACCUCAAAUAGGCGGGCUAAUCGCCAGGAGACCUGAACCUUCCCCUACCCAAGUAUACCAGCCUGCUGGCCCCAAGAAGACCUACAUCACAGAUGUGCCACCAGGCUUGGCUUCCUACGCUUCUGGACCAGCUGUCCCACCAAAGGGAAGUGCUCAUAUGGCCCACCCUGAAGACGAGCUGGAGCGCCUGACCAAGAAGAUGCUGUUUGAUAUGGACAACCCUCCAUCUGAGGAAUAUUUUGGGCGCUGUGCCAGCUGUGGAGAGAACGUGGUGGGUGAAGGCACCGGUUGCACCGCCAUGGACCAGGUCUUCCAUGUGGACUGCUUCGUCUGCAUGACCUGCAGCACCAAGCUGCGUGGCAAGCCCUUCUACGCUGUGGAGAAGAAGGCGUACUGCGAGCCGUGCUAUAUUAACACCCUGGAGACCUGCACCAUCUGCAGCAAGCCCAUCAUGGAGCGCAUCCUGCGGGCGACGGGGAAAGCCUACCACCCCCACUGCUUCACCUGCGUGGUGUGCCACCGCAGCCUGGACGGCAUCCCUUUCACCGUGGACGCGUCCAACCACAUCCACUGCAUCGAGGACUUCCACAAGAAGUUCGCUCCACGCUGCUGUGUGUGCUCUGAGCCCAUAAUGCCGGCACCGGGCCAGGAAGAGACCGUCCGCAUCGUGGCCCUGGACCGCGACUUCCACGUGCAGUGUUACCGCUGCGAGGACUGCGGCUCCCUGCUGUCCGAGGGGGACAACCAGGGCUGCUACCCUCUGGACGGACACGUCCUCUGCAAAAACUGUAACACCGGCCGCAUCCAGGCCCUCACCGCCAAGGCCACCACUGACCUCUGAGCGACCCGCCGCCCGGUCACCUCCACUGUGAUAACCCGACGCUAGCCCUCCUCUCUUUCCUGCCUCUCCCUCCCUCCUUCAUUCUCUCAUUCCCACUUUUUUUCGCAAAAAAAAACCGUACCCAUCCACAGACGCUUGCCUUUGUCAGCUUACACACACAUAUAUAUCCCUCUCUCUCUCUCUCUCUCUCUCUCUCUCUAUAUAUAUAUAUAUAUAUAUACAUAUAUAUUUAUCAUAUAUUUACCUUCAGUAACAAGCAAUAGCAUCACAUGUUCACCUGCGUACAAUAUCUAUUGACUUACAAUCACAGCAGGAGAGAGAGUGUCGCUGUUAAAGGAAUAGUUCUUGUGGGAAAUGUGCUUAUACACUCCCCUGCUGAGAUUAAGAUGAGAAGAUUGAAGCCACUCUCAUGUCUGCGUACUAGAUAGGAAGACACAGUCGGUUCGCGUGACACGAAAACUGCAGCUAGCCUGGCUCUGCCCGUGAUUAAAAAAAAAAAAAAUCCACCUCACUGUAUUCUUAAAAAUCAUGUUGUAUCUCAUCCGUGUGCCGAGGAAUAGUCCUCCACGCGACCCGCCAUCGUCCACCACCGUGAAGCUGCAGCCUCAUCUGCAGCUUUUUCUUCUUUCUGGACAGAGCCAGGCUCCAUUAUUUCCCCAUUUCCAGUCUCGAUGUUUAGGCACCGGACAAAAAUAAUAAAAGCGGCGUUAAUCUCUUCGUCCAACUCGCAAACAGGAGAUUACAUAAGCGUAUUUCCCAAAGCUCUUAAACUGUUGUGUUGAAAUCACCCCAAAUCCAUCAGUUACCAUUUACAUCACUCAGUGUUAUUAUCUCGCAUUACAAUUAUCUCCACCCUGCGUCUUUCAGCCACGGCCGCACAUCCACGCGUUUACGCAUGCAACGCAGAUUUUACACACCGACCGGUUCUCGUGAUCUCAAAUUGGGUCUGACUCCACGAGAAACAUGGGGGAUGUUUGACACGUGCCCUGCAGGUGAAGUGGCCAUGCAUGCACGCACCCACGCGCGUGUGUGUGUUUGUGUGUGUGUGUGUGACUGUAGCAGGGUUUAGAGAAACCACGGAGCGUACAGUAAAUCAUGUAAAACAUACAGUUUAUUCCUUUCAUCCUUAUUACAGCGCACGUCCACUGACCGUACACAAAGAGGGAUGAAAUUACACAGCGGAGGUGCUUAUUAGGAAACCGUUCUGCAUAACUGAACACCAAAGAAUUGAAUUUAAACUGCCAUAUUUCCUGUGGACUCAUUUUGUGUACGACCAUAUUAAACAUUGCCGUCAGCGCGCCGCCUGGCGCCGCCUGGCACCGCCGGAAACCGCGACAGUCGCGAACACGCGAGGACGAAAACAUUUGCAAUGGGCAGCUGUUAAAUGCUAUUCUCCUUUUUUAAACUUCCUAUUUCUCUUCGUACUUUCCCGUCGAAUUUGCUUUUUAUGUAAGCGUGUAUAACUCUGUGUCGGCCUGAACUGUACAAUCGUGACAUUCCAUUAGUAUGAACGCGGCCUUGAUAUUUGACUUUAAUCACAACACAACUUUUGGAGCAGGUAGACCAUAGCUCAUUCACCGCGCCAUGGAUUUAGAUCAGUGACUGCACUGUUGGCAGUCUGGCAGGGAUAACCAACAUGACAUGGCUAUGCAAUUUUAAUGUUAAUUGCAUUGACACUUUAUCAGAAUUUUUUUUUAUGAAUAAGGAAAUAUUUUACCUGUACAGAUUCAAGCAUAAGUGUCCUUAUAGUAAUCCUUUGAUCCGACCUGUGCUGUUGGUACUGUGUGACGUACGUUGUGUGUCGCCUCGUCUUUUAUAAUUCAGUGUUCUUGUUUUAAGUUGAUGGGCGAAGAAGGGACCGUUCCCCAAAUAGGAUUUGUAUUGUUUGUUCCGCUCGGCUUGUGACGGACCAGUAGUUUGACUGCCUGAUUUGAUUUGAAUUGAUUUAGUGAGACAUUUGAGGAUGCUGAGUUAAAUGUACCCUGUGGAAUUCAGACUUUGUGUUUGAAGCCUGCCCUCCCCGGUGUCCCUCUGCACAGUGACGACAAAGAGACGCAGACAAAAAAAAAUGACAUAAUCAAACGAAACCAUUGCAGAUAGACAGAAAGAAAUGUGCAGAGGUUUUGUUUGGCUCUUUCUCCUCUCAUGCACACUAUCCAAGCGUCCAGUGCCCCCUCCCUAAAGGCACCACAGUGCACGUGGUCGAUGUGAUGAACGUUUUUAACAGCUGGUUUCACACCAGUCCGCCGAUCGACCGAUGCUGAUGCGAUGUGCAAACAAGUGUGGCGCUGCACCUGCACACGCAGUGAAGAAGAAGACAUAUAUACACACACGAGUACAAUUGGAUGUGGACGUCGCACCAUUUUAAAAUACUCUUACGAAUGCAAAACGUUUCAUGAGAAUGGAGAUUAAUUCAUUCAUCGAGGACACACACACACACACACACAAUGUUCUCUGGUGAGAAACGUUGAGUUGUAAACCCAACUUCGAUUCCACAGGGUUCCUUUAAACUCCAAAGACAAUGUUAUUGGUACUGGUUUGCCAUUUUAUUAUCUGGACUGGUUCACAGUCGACCACACAAGUGCCAGGCAGAGUGUUUCCCCAGCCUCGAUCGCCAAUGUGUCCUGUCUGUGUGUGCGUGUGUGUAUUUAAUAGGUUACGAACAUUUUGAUUAUGAUUUCCAGAGAGUUUCUCUGUCCUUAUUUUUCUUUCCUUUUCACAUAGAGUAGUUAGCCAUUUGGAUCAACGAUAGAGCGUGAUGAUAGGAACAAUCGGCAUGUGAAUGACUGUGCUCAUAAGCCCACUGAUAAAUGAACAGCGGCCAGUAAUUUCACAUUGUGAGACACCAAAUUUUCCGAAGACGAAAACAGAGGGGAAACUGUCGACCAUUUAACAACCUGGAGGAGUAUUUAAUAAUCCUCAAAAUCCAGCGAAAACUCUAUUAGAGCCCGAGGUGAGAAGGUGGCACCGAGGUCGAACUCUCGGUAGCAGCCUCUGACGCCUCGAGGCAGGGAGCCAGCGAAGGCCGCUUCUCUCCGCGGUUCGGCAACCUCAACUCCAUAUCCUGAGGAAUCUUUUUUCAAUAUCAAUAUCCGAAGCGCAUCCUUAGCCAGACAGUUCAUCGGUCACGUAGCAAAAAAGCCCGGCGGACAGCGAGACCCCUCGCAGCUCAAGAAAAGUCAUAUCGGUUCAACGCUGGAGAAGAAGACGUGUUUCGGUGUCACAACACUCCAGCCGAGUGGCGCCCUUGCCUACUGUGACCAUUUGACUCUCGAGUCAUCUGAUUACAUCCGCGGUUGUCAGGCAACAGAGGACCCCCCCAAACAAAUAAAAAGAAAUACACAGUCCAUAUAUCAACAUGUCGCUGACGUUGCUAGGCUUCACGCUCACGGAGAUGCUCGGCGAGGAUCCAGCCACGCGAGCAUCUCAUGUCGGCGGCGUGUCGGAGGUCGUCGCGGGCCCCUCUGACCCGCAUCGGGGUAAUUAGGCGGCGGAGUCGGAGGGUUGCAACUCGGGCUUCAACGUCUGGCGGCGAACGCGCGGAUGAAGAUGUCGACGUGACUCGAGAGGCAGAGAAAACAGCCUUUUUUUUUUACCGCGCAGUCAAUGAAUUAGAAAUAAAGCAGUGCACUGGUUCUCAUUUAAAAUUAUAAUUCAGGUAUCCGCUACAGGACCGGCACAAUACUUUUCACCUCGGUUUUCUGCAACAGCAUCAAAGUCGGGGAUCCGUGAUUCCGAUGGGAUUGGUUCCCUCUCGCGCUGCCGGGUGUACAGUAGCACAGUGUGUGACCUGACUGGUGACGGCGUGAGGACAGGAAUUGUGAGCAACAGAUCAAACAUCUAUGUGAAGAGGAAUUUCACAUCCUCGCGGAGCGACGUUCUUUCCCGCAGUCGCCUCGGUACUGUUGUCGACCGCUCUCAAAUUGAGACGCUCUCUGUGAAAACGACGAAGCAUGCAGUCAAACUUUUUUCAUGUGACGUGUAAAACGGCCAUAAGUUUCAACGUGUCGCUUACAGCGCAUGAUAAAACCUCGUGGGUGAGAUGUGUGAGAAGAGAAGCCAGUGUCACUGUUAUCUUACAGUGUGAAAAAGGGAAUUCAAAGCAGUGGAUGGAGAAAAACAAUGAAGGUUUGUACCAACAUACAAGAUUUGAGCUCAUUUAAAAGCUGCACUAGUCUUUUUUAUUUUUAAAUAUUAACAAUGGAUGAAAUAACUAGUUGUAAUGCGAAAGGAGCGGCUCCUGGUGAUGAGGCCCGAAAGGACUCAUGACCAGAUUUCCACCCAGCUCUGCAUCUUUAGCAUCUUUUUAAACUUCGUUUAUUACGUUUUUUUUUACGUUGGGCACCUUUUAUUGUUUCGGUCCACGCGCUCCAAUCGACUUAUUCGUAUUGCACAGAAAGUAUCUAUAGGUCCACAUACCAACUCUAUGAGCUGACGGUAUCUCAGUCCGCCAGUGGCCUCAGUGAUGCACGCAGAGGCGGCACAGUGCACCACAGAGAAAUAAUAUUCAUCCUGAUGACAGGUGUUAAAUUAAGUGUUGCAGUAUUUUGUUGUUUUGAUUUUGAGCAUGUGUUUUACAUAGCGUACCUAGCCUGGUCUGGUCCAUGGGCACAGAGUGGAGUCUUCUGUGGGGGGCAAAUCUCACAUGAAUCUGUGUCAAAAUCCUGAAGACCAUUUAAUGAUUUUUAUUUUUUUUUCUUGAUUUUUAAAUAUGUGUUCAGUGUUUUUUCUUUUUCUUUUCUACUGUCUUUGUUCCACCCAUGUCUGUAAAAGUGCCCUUGGCUGAGCAGUAUUGAAUCACUAAACUGUUGGUUUUGUUCGGGCGGGUGGGGGGGGUUGUUUCAUCUGCCGCCUCAAAGAUUUUCCCUUGUUUACUUAUGAUUUUUGCCAAAGCAAAUAAACAGGAUCCCUCGUGCUCAUCCAUACAGUACAGUAGACGUUUCCAUCAGGUAUGGUGCAGAAGCAGCAGCAGCAGCCGAGCUUGACCCCCCCCCCCCCCGUCGUUCAGACUCAAGCAUCUCAUCUGUUCUUCAUCAUUGGACGGGGCGUGUAGUCAAUUGUUGUUUUCUCUUCUUCAAUAAAAGCUUUUGCGAUCGCA